AUGAUCUCGACUGAACAGCAAAAUGAGACAUAUACUAGCGCGUACAACCCUGAAAUCAACGUCGUUCUCACCCGUGGAGAUCCAUGUACAUACGUCAAUUUCACCUCUGGGUAUCCCCAGGGGUGUGAUAUGGAGCCGUGCCCGGGCAAGUUUGUUGUUAUAUUCGGCGCCUUCGUCAACGGAACUGAUCCACAGACGGAAAAUCUGUACCUCAAUACAGUAGACUGCCUUUUGACAUACGGCAGUCUCAAUAUCACACAGGAUGGUACCAAAGCGCCUGUCAUUGUGUCGGGCUCCUACCAGCAAAACACCUCGUCUAGACAGCCAUCUCCCAUUGUUCCAAUCCGCCGCAUCUACAGGGAGAACGCUGACAAAAGUCCGUACUACUUCAAUGCAAAGAGUAUCGCGGGGGACACUUCGGACACUCUAUACAACAGCGCACUUGGCACUCUUUUGCUCAAGCCCAAGGCCGCUUCCUCGGCUGAUCAGGUAGCUCAGCGUAUGCAGAAUAUCUUCAACACCGCGACUCUUGUGGCCUUUGUGCGGUCCCCAGGAGCGGCGGACGUGACCAUCACGACUACGACUACAGAUCCGGUUUACGUGUUUCACCCGCUGGUUUUACUUAUAUUGCUUGUCCCUGCAUUGGCUUUAGUGCUGGGAACAUAUAUGCGCUGGAGGGUCGAAAGCAAUGCUAUCUGCCCUGAAUAUGAUCCUGUGGAAAUUGCGAGACGCGGGCCAGUCUUGGGAAUGGGCCCUUGGGAUGGCAAUCAAGUUGCUAAUAGUGAUGAUGGGGUUGAUAAAAAGCGUGUAACCUUGAACAGAGUUGAAGAGGAUGGUGAACAUGACGGUGAUAAAACAAAGUACCAACUUGAGGUAUUCUAGGAAUGUUUGAUCGAACUGGGUAUAACAGGUUAUAGUGUGAAUUUACCAGUAUUUCUCUUCU